AUGGGGGACCCCCAGAGCCCGGAGAGGGAGUCCGUCAUGCUCCUCAGGAGCGCCGUCCAGCCGGCACUGCUGCUUUCCUGCGCCCUGCUGCUGUGCCUGUGGGCACGGAGGCGGCCGAACCCCGCGGGCAAGAGCCCCCCUGGCCCCGUCGGUUGGCCGCUGCUGGGCAACGUGCUGCAGCUGGGCCGGCUGCCGCACCUCACCUUCUGCGAGCUGGCGCGGCGCUACGGGGACGUCUUCCAGCUGCGCCUGGGCCUGCGCGCCGUGGUGGUGCUGAACGGCGAGGCGGCCAUCCAGCAGGCGCUGGUGCGGCGGGGUGGGCUGUUCGCCGGCAGACCCGACUUCCCCUCCUUCCGCCUGGUGUCAGGCGGCAAGAGCAUGGCCUUCGGGCGCUACACCGAGCGGUGGCGGGCGCAGCGGCGGGUGGCGCACGCCACGCUGCGCGCCUUCUCGACGGCCAACACGCCCAGCAAGCGGCUCUUCGAGCAGCACGUGGCGGCCGAGGCGCAGGAGCUCAUCGACGGGCUGGUGGCGCUGAGCGCAGGCGGCGCGUACGGCAACCCGGCGCCGCUGCUCACGGUGGCCAACGCCAACGUGAUGUGCGCCCUCUGCUUCGGGCAGCGCUACAGCCACGCCGACGGCGAGUUCCGGGCGCUGCUGGGCAGAAACGACCGCUUCGGGCAGACAGUGGCGGCGGGCAGCCUGGUGGACGUGCUGCCCUGGCUGCAGGCCUUCCCCAACCCGGUGCGCAGCGUCUUCCAUGACUUCCAGGCGCUCAACCGCGAGUUGCACGACUUCGUGCGCGCUAAAGUGGCGCGGCACCGGCGCACCUUCCGGCCGGGCGCCUCCCCGCGCCACAUCAGCGACGCCAUCCUGGAGCGCAUGGAGCACGGCCCCGCGGCGCAGCAGGGCCUCGCCGGCGACUACGUGGAGGGCACCCUCACUGACCUUUUCGGCGCCGGCCAGGACACCACCUCCACCGCUCUGGCCUGGGUGCUGCUGCUGCUCCUCAAACACCCGGCGCUCCGGCGGCAGCUGCAGGAUGACCUGGACCGCGUGGUGGGGCGCGACCGGCUGCCCACGGCGGAGGACCGCACCGCCUUGCCUCGCCUGGAGGCCUUCCUCUACGAGACUCUGCGCUACAGCAGCUUCGUGCCGCUCACCAUCCCACACGCCACCACCGCCGACGUGCUCCUGGACGGCUUCCACAUCCCCAAGGACACGGUGGUCUUCGUCAACCAGUGGUCGGUCAACCACGACCGGCUCCGCUGGAAGGACCCGCACAUCUUUGACCCGGCGCGCUUUCUGGACGCCAGCCAGGAGACUCUCGACCGCGACCUCGCCUGCCGGGUGCUGAUCUUCUCGGUGGGGAAGAGGCGCUGCAUCGGGGACCAGCUCGCCAAGCUUCAGCUCUUCCUCUUCACCGCCAUCCUCCUGCACCAGUGCGACGUGGAGGCCAACCCUGCCGAGGAGCUCUCCAUGGACUGCGAGCACGGGCUGGCCCUCAAGCCUCUGCCCUACACUUUGGCCGUGAGGAGGCGAGGCGCGGGCCAGGAGAGGCUGGCGGGAAUAGCCGCCGGUUCCUCCUAG